UGGAUUACAGAACGAAUUAAUCACAAUAACCGUCGCGUUUAUAAUUAAAAUGGCCAACUUUUUGCUUACCAUAGUUUUGCCAGUGUUUGUUAUCAGUGUUCUCGUAAAAAUUUACUUAAAGUUGAUUGCCGGUUGGUGCAAAUGUAAAACUUGCCUGGUCGGAAAGACAGUAAUCGUGACAGGACCCACGUCAGGAAUGGGUUACGAGACCGCUUUAGAUUUUGCACAAAGAGGCGCCCGAGUUAUCUUAGGCUGUUUAGAUAAAAGAGAGGGCGAAGAAACAAAGUUAAAAAUAAUUAAUGAGACCGGGAAUGCGAAUAUUAUAGUGAAGCCCCUUGAUAUGGCUUCGUUUGAUUCGGUUCGAGCCUUUGCCAGAGAUGUAAACGCCUCUGAGGACCACUUAGACAUUUUAGUAAAUAAUGCAGGAGUGGCAGGAAUCGGUGAUAGACUAACACAGGACGGUCAUUUAUACACGAUGCAAGUCAAUUAUUUCUCGGCCUUCCUCCUAACGAAUUUAUUACUGGGGUUGUUAAAAAAGACCAAAAACAGUCGCAUCGUCAACGUCGCAUCUGUGGUGGCAAAAUACGAGUAUCAUUUAGACUGUACAAGACUGGACCACUAUCCGGGGAACUACCAGAAAGUUUACAGCCGAUCUAAACUGUGUCUUCUGUUAUUCACAAUCGAACUGGCGAAAAGAUUGCAAAGUACCACCGUCACCAUUUAUUCGGUUCAUCCAGGCGUUGUGAGCACCCAUCUCUUUGAAAAUGUGCACGGUUUCGGUAAAUACCUCGUUGCUUUGGGCCGAGUUUUCUUCAAGACGAGUGAAGAGGGGGCUCAAACUAUUAUUCAUUGUGCUGUUAGUAAGGGGAUUGAGGGCGACAGUGGGGGGCAUUUUGUGGACUGCAGAAAAGUGCCACGGUAUGAGACAGCCAAGGACGGUGCUCUGAUGGAGAAAUUGUGGGUUGUUUCAGAGGAGAUUGUUCACUUAAGACCCGAGGAGGUUGUAAUUUAAAAAUAAAAUUUUUUGAUCAUAAA